GUGUAAGGAUGUUCAUGAAUAUGCAAUUUCUACUCAUGUUCUUUGUUCUUAGCCUUCUUAUCAUGUCUAUUGAUGGGAGCAACAAUGGUGAAAAAAACAUCGAAAUUGCAAUGAUGCAGACCAAUUCAAGUAAAAUAAGUCCACCACCAUCUACUCUAGAUUCUGAUGACCCAUUUCAUGAUCACAAGUUGACGGGGUUUUGUAUGCCAAGUCCAUCAACAAGAUGCCAUGGAACAAGAAAAAGUUGUUAUUGUUGUAUUGGGCCACCAGUAGUAAUAUGCAUAGAAGGGUAUGAGAUAUGUCAUGAUAUAUGUAAUUAAAAUACAUGUUAUACAUAUGAUAACAUGUAAUCUAUUUUUUAUAUAAAUAAGAGUAAAUUACAUUAAUG